AUGCGCGGUCCUACUAUUGGUGCCCUCUUUGGGUACAUGGGCUCUACCUCAUAUAUCUCCAACACUUCGGCUGGAACAUAUGGCGGACUGUACCAGGCCGGCACUCAUGGUCCGACUGGUGGAAAGCCAUAUGGAAGUUAUGAUUACUGCUCUAUGCCCCAUCCACGCGAAUACCAACUCCCGGAACAAGCCGCCGAUGGCAAAGCUAAGCUUGUCAAGCUGGUCUACCUUCAGCGACACCAGCGUCGAACUCCUUAUAACAUCCUGCCUGGUGGAGAGGACCAAGCGUAUCACUGCGAUAAUGUUCGGCCAUAUCUCUAUGGCGGACCCAGUAGUGACAACGGAAUGCAACCCGUGCCAGUUUAUGCCCAAACUUAUGAGGACCCCAAUGAUCCAUUCAAGACUGGCGUGAGUGUCAACUCCACUUGCCAGUUCCCUCAGAUCACCAUUGGUGGUAUUGAAGAUGGGUACCAACAUGGCAAGGAUCUUCGAAACGUCUACCAGAAGAGGCUUGGUCUAAUUCCUGAGCAACCAAAUGAGCGCGUUUGGUUUAGAUCGAGUGAAUCGCCUCUUACACAAGCUUCUGCUGGGGCCGUUCUUCGGGGUAUCUGGCCGGACUACCAGGGUGCCUUGCCUCUUCACCAGAUGGUAAGCUCAGUGGAUACGGUUAAUGAGGGCUAUUCUUGCAAUGCUGUCAGCUCUACCCUCGACAAAAUAAAGUCGACUGCCCAGUGGACUGAACAUAUAAAAGUCACUGAAGAACUUCGAUCCCGACUCGCCUCAAUGCUCGGCGCUCAAGACAGUUCUUGGCAAGAGACCUUUGAUCAUUUUUGUGACAACUUCCAAGCAAGACUUUGUAAUGGCUACCGGCUGCCCUGCAGUGUCUCUAACUCCUCUGACUGUGUAACCAUGCAAAUGGCAGAGGAGGCAUUCCGCGCCGGAGACUGGGAGUGGAACUAUUACUGGCGCACGAACGAGUACGCGACAACAUACAUUCAGGUUGUCGAGGGUCUUUUUAUUGGCGAAAUCGUCUCCGACCUCAAGGGUAUCCAAGAUGGUAGUUCUUCUAUCGACUACAGCCACAUUUUCGUUCAUGAUGGUGAUAUCGGUCCCAUUCUUGGUGCUUUGGGCAUCAAUGCCCUCCGAUGGCCUGGUAUGGCCUCAAACGUUGCAUUUGAAGUCUGGGAGAAGGAACACUCUCAAUUUGCCCGCGUACUCUAUAGUGGAUACCCAGUACAGACUAUUCAUGGGCCAUUGGAUUGGCUGCCGCUUUCCCAGCUCAUCAACAUCAUGAACCCCUAUGUGCCGGAAAACAUUACUUCUCUUUGCGGCUGA